UAUAAAGCUCAGUCAGCACUGAGUAGUCUUCAGUAUCAGAAGCAUACUGACGGUGAUCGUUCAUUAUGAAACAGAUAAGAGUAAUUUUUGUCUCUGUUCUGCUCUUUGCAGCAUCUCUACCUGGUGAAUGCAUCACAGGAGGAAAUGAGGCUGUUGCACACUCUCGUCCUUACAUGGCUUCACUUCAGUGGAAUGGAAAACAUGAGUGCGGUGGCUUUCUCAUCUCCAGUCAGUGGGUCAUGAGCGCGGCACACUGCUUUCAGGAUGGGAGGGAUUCAGGUUUUAAGGUUGUGUUGGGAGCUCACUCACUGUCCAGAGCUGAGGGCACUAAACAAAACAUGGAUGUCUCUGCAGUGUACAAACAUCCUGGUUUCAGUAUGAGCAACUAUGACAAUGAUAUUGCCCUCAUUAAGCUGAAUAUGCCAAUCACAGAAACCGAUGCAGUAAAACCUGUGAAAUUCCAACGGGAGGGAGGGGAUGACCCUGAGAAGAAUGCAGCUGUGGACACAGCUGGGUGGGGCUCUUUGAACAAUCUGGGAAGACGACCAGACAAAUUGCAAGAGCUUAUUAUCACUGUCUUGGAGCGAAUGCUCUGUGGCCGUGCUGACUUCUAUGGAUGGAAGUUCACUAGCAACAUGCUCUGUGCUGCAGAAAAAAUAAAGGACACUUGUGAUGGUGACUCUGGGGGUCCUCUCUUAUACAAGGGCAUUGCUGUGGGGAUAACCUCUAAUGGAGGGAAGAAAUGUGGCUCCAGCAGAAAGCCUGGACUCUACACUAUCAUUUCCCACUAUACUCAGUGGAUUGACCAUACAACAACCCAGUAAAAAUUUUGGAGCUGUGAAAUACUUUGCAUUUAUUUAGUGUAUAAUUUUGUGCACAUCUCAUGUAUUGCUUUGUUUUAAUAAAACCUUUUAAUAAAA